AUGGCCGGCGGCGGCCGCAGCAGGAUCCGCGCGGAGCACCUAGAACAAGAGAAACACGAACUAAGGAGGCGAUUUGAGAACAGAGAAGGAGAAUGGGAAGGAAGAGUGUCUGAACUGGAAAGUGACGUAAAACAGCUGCAGGAUGAGCUGGAGAGGCAGCAGGUUCACCUGCGUGAAGCCGACCGUGAGAAGACACGGGCUGUCCAGGAACUCUCCGAACAGAACCAAAGACUCCUGGACCAGCUCAGCAGGGCAUCCGAGGUGGAGCGGCAGCUCUCCCUGCAGGUCCACACCCUCCGGGAGGACUUUCGGGAGAAGAACUCCUCCAGCAGCCAACACAUUGUACGGCUCGAGAGCCUUCAGGCUGAGCAGGUCCUUGAAAUCAAAAUGCUGACGGACAGAAAGCGGGAGCUGGAGCAUCGCCUUAGUGCCAUGAUGGAGGAGAAUGACCUGCUCCAAGGAACCGUGGAGGAGCUGCAGGACCGAGUCCUCAUCCUGGAAAGACAAAGCCAUGACAAGGACCUGCAGCUGCACCAAAGCCAGCUGGAGCUCCAGGAGGUGCGGCUGUCCUACCGGCAGCUGCAGGGGAAAGUAGAAGAGCUCAGUGAGGAGAGAAGUCUCCAAAAUUUCAACACAACCAGCACAUCCCUGCUAUCUGAGAUAGAGCAGAGCAUGGAGGCAGAGGAGCUGGAACAAGAACGAGAACAGCUGAGGCUGCAGCUCUGGGAAGCAUAUUGCCAAGUGCGAUAUCUCUGCUCCCAUCUCAGAGGAAACGACAGCGCAGACUCAGCAGUCUCUACAGACUCCUCUAUGGAUGAGUCUUCAGAAACCUCAUCAGCCAAAGAUGUCCCAGCUGGCAGCCUAAGGGCGGCUCUCAGCGAGCUGAAAAGACUGAUACAAAAUGUGCUGGAUGGGGCAGACUCCACGAGCUCUCGACGAAGUGACGACGACACCUUAGAGGAACAGAUCAGGCGAACAAGUGAGGAUUCGCGAGCCCUGAGGGAAUUAAUGGAGGGAGAACGGGGGAAACUGAGGCAGAGUUUGGAGGAGCUGCAGCGACUGCACAGCCAGGUCACACUGCUGAGUGUGGAAAUGACGACGCUGAAGGAGGAACGGGACCGGCUGCGAGGUGCUGCUGAAGACAAGGAGACAAGUGAACAGCUCCUGCAGGCCAUCAGGGACCGAGAUGAAGCCAUUGCCAAGAAGAACGCGGUGGAGGUGGAGCUGGCCAAGUGCAAGAUCGACAUGAUGUCCCUCAACAGCCAGCUGCUGGACGCCAUCCAGCAGAAGGUGAACCUCUCGCAGCAGCUAGAGGCCUGGCAGGAUGACAUGCACAGGGUCAUUGACCAGCAGCUGAUGGACAAACACCCGAAGGAAUGGAGCCAGCUUGCUUAUUCCUUCUCCAGUGGCUAUGGCGCAAAGCGGAGUGCCAGACCCUCCCCCGUGUUCAGGCCGGAGCAGCAGGGGAACGAGCCCUUUGGGGCAGAAGGGAACCGUCUCUUUUCCUUUUUCAAGAAAAAUUAA